AGGCUGAGCGCGCAGCCCUCGACGCACAGCGCAAUCCCUUCGAAUGGCUCCCUACCGAACUCCUCCUCCACAUAUUCACCGCCCACGUCCAGGCUGGACCGGUAACGGCCCUGCCAGCUGCUGAGGCGCACGAGCUGCUCCUCCGUCCGCUUGUACUGUCUCAUGUCUGCCGUCGCUGGCGCAAUGCGAUGCUGUCCACCUCGAGUUUGUGGUCGCGGAUCCCGGUGAUGGACGACUGGAGGAUCGGCUCGCAAUUCCUGAAGCGAAGCGGCGAUGCUCCUCUAGACAUCAUUGCUUCACCGAGCAGUCGCGCAUCAUCUCGCUCUCUCGACUGUCUCGUCGAUACCGUCUCACGAUGGCGUUCGGUCGCGUGGCAUUCGUCAGCGGUGGGUUCUCUACUCACAACGAUGCAUCAUAAAUAUCACUGGAAUGUUCAGCGAUACUUCGCUUCGCCGUUCAUGGCUCUCGAGACCCUACAACUAGAGCAGGUGUCGCCAGCACAGCUGCCUCCUGUUAUGUUCCCGAGCUUGCGCAGCUUGCAACUACACAACUUUAAAUGCGGCCCAGGCUCGCAUCGGACGGGAGCACAAAUGUCGGAGCUUUGCGCUCUGUUAUCUCGUGCUCCGAUUCUCGCAGAGCUGGUCCUCGAUGCCGCGACUCCGGCCUUAGACGUCUGCUUGAGCUACGACGAUCUCCCUCACAGUGACGGCGGUCCCCACAUGAAACGAGAGACUCCACACGAAAUACAUCCGAUUCAGCUGCAAAAGCUCACUCGCCUCGAAUGGAGCUUCGCACCUCCGAAGGACUGCUGGGCGAUCUUUUGUUUCUUGGCCGUCCCUGUCUUGCGCGAACUCGAGCUCUGCUUGAACACCGGACGCACACGUUGGGCCCAGGCGGAGAACAACAGAAUGAUAAACGAGCCCGAGACCCCUCCAGUCGGGCGGCACAGAAACAGAACGAUCACGUUCGAGCAGCUGGAGGUCCUGAGCGUCGAAUGCAUAGACUCGGACGGGCUCACGGACGCAUUCAAGAAGAUGCACUUCCCCGCACUCAAGCGACUCAGCAUCGCAUACAUACCGCCCCGGCGACAGCGCUCCUUACUCGUUCUACCCCGACACGAGUCCAUCUUCCGCGAACCCCGCAUGCCGAGCCUCACCCACCUAAGCCUAUCCUGCUUCGAACUCGACCUCGAGACGACGCCCACGAUGCUGCGCUACCUGCCGUCGCUCACGCACCUCACCCUCAACGCAUGCACGAAAGCGGGGCCGAUCGUCUGCUCGCUCUCCGGCCGGUUCUGCUCGCACUGUCGCGUCAGCGGCGCCGCGGGGUCGGGCAGGAACUGGGUCGUGCCGCGCCUGGAGCACCUGGGGAUCGUCGAGUGCGCCGAUGUGCGGUUCGCGUGCUUGAGCGAGGUCGUGCGUGCGCGGAGGGCGGCGGCGCUGGAUUUGCCUGGUGGAGGGUACACCGCGAACGGGCACGCGGCGGUCGUGGUGGGCGGGGUGAUAUACGACCCUGUGUCUGAUCGCGUGAUGAAGCCGCUCAAGAGGAGGCCGAUCGCGGGGCCUUCUUUGCCAGGGACGCCUGCGCGCGUGGCUGUUGCGCCGACUGCGGUGCCGUCGCUUGCGUCUCCGAGCUUGAAUGGGAGCUUUGUGCCGGGGUGGAACCCGCAUGGGAGCUUGAAGCCGGUGUGUGUUGAGUCGGUGCAUGUUGAGGGGUGCUUGAGGGUGUCGGAGGCGGAGGCGAUGUCGUUGAGGGAGGAGGAGUGGGGCGUCGUGGACGUCGUUUGGUAUCCGUGAGUGGUGUGCGUGCCAUGGAUGCCGUCUUGCAUACAGCGGUUCUGCGGCUGAUUGGGUACAAGUCUCGAGCUCAUUCAUCAUCACAUAAUGUUCCUCAACACUCUUCGACAUC